UCCGCUCCCACGCUUUGCAUAUGGUCGGUGUCGUGUCUAUCUCUUCUUCUUCGUAUGUGGUCCCAGCCCCCAGGCUCUCUCUCUCUACCUAUCUAUAAAGUGUUGCUUAUUACCGAAUUCCGAUCAUAAACGUCUCUUACCUCUCUUUCUGUCACUCUUCUAUGGAGAUUUGCUUCUUCGGUUUGUUAACUUGAUUAAAGUUUUAGGGCUUUUCAGAAGUUUCUUUCACUAAAUUCUUUCUGUUCUUCGUUCUCCGAUUGUCUGUUGUGUGAUUUUGAACUCUUUUAAGGUUUAGAGGGAUUGUUUGAUGGACAGUUGUGUCUCCUACAAUAGAAUCCCUACUGCUGAAGCUUUACCCGCUGUGGUGAAGUCUGCAGGCGAUUUUAAGCGAUUCUCCAAGCUUGGAUCUUCAUUUUCUUACAAUUUCGGCUUCCCUUCACAGAGAGCGGCUAAGGCCUGUGGGUCUCAACAUAUUGGGAGAGGACUAAGGUGUGGGAAGAGGUUAAUUCGAACGGUGGUGGUUGCGGCUGCAAGCGCAGAGUCUAGUCACUGCGAAUUUAGGAGUUUACAUACGCCUUUUGAGCCCUGUUCGUCUGCUGGGAAGUUUCUUAGUGGUGUAUUGCAAAACCAGAGACACCUCUUCAAUGUCGCGGUGGCAGAGACACUAGACGAAUUGGCGGCUGGUAGAGAUGGGGCUACCGCACGCAGGGACCUUAGUAUAGGUUCGUCGGAAUCGUGUCUUCACAGGAGAAUUGCUGAACUGAAGGAAUUCGAGUGCCAAAUUGCUGUUGAAGAUGUCAUGUACAUGUUAGUAGUUCACAAAUUCUCUGAGAUCAAUGUGCCCAUGAUCCCAAGGCUCUCUAGAUGUGUUAGAAAUGGCAAACUGGAGGUAUGGCCAUCAAAAGACCAAGAUCUUGAGGCCAUUCACAGUUUAGAAGUAGUGGAGAUGGUGAAGGAACACGUUGGCACCAUCAUUGGCUGGAGAGGAAAAUCUAGAUUAACAGACAAUUGGAGCACAACUCAGAUUCACAAGCUCCAGCUUGGCCGAGUCUACGCUGCCUCCGUCAUGUAUGGCUACUUCCUCAAAUCGGCCAGCUUAAAACACCGCCUAGAGUUGAGUCUGGCUCUAACCCACCAAGACCUUCCACUUGGCCAUGGGAUCCGGAUUCCAGUUACAGAGUUACAGCUCCAUGGAUUAGAGAAUCUUGUUGUCCUUGGCCGCUCAACUGAAACACGAUCCACUUCCUUGUGUCAAGGGACAGGAAGGCGUGUAGAUGGACAUAAGAAGUUAAGAAGUUAUGUGAUGGGGUUUGACUCUGAGACGCUACAGAGAUGUGCCAAGCUCAAAUCUCAGGAAGCAGCGAAUCUGAUCGAGAAGCAUAGUUGGGCUCUCUUUGGAGAUGGGAACACAAGUUCCCUGGAGAACGACAAGGUGCUGGUUGUCACGUUUUCUAGCCUAAAGAGGUUAGUGUUGGAAGCCAUUGCUUUUGGUUCCUUUCUUUGGGACGUUGAAACAUAUGUUGAUAGGGUGUACAGAUUGAAGGAGAACUGAUUGGAUUAAAAGAUUGUGUAAAUGAGAAAGCUGUAAUAAUGCUGCAAUGGUUAACAUGGUGAUUUUGUUUUGUAAUGUAUUAUAAGAACUGUAAUUUCUGUUGGCAAAGCUCCCUAUCUGUUGCCAAAAUCCCCAAAAUGAGGUUGUAUAUUACAUUGUAGAAGCAAUGUCAGAAAACUGAGCAAGCAUUUAAUA